AUGCCGCCCUCUCGCUUCGCCAACGUCUCCAAGUGGAGAAACGCCCUCCUCACCCCGGCCAAGCAACAACACCGCUUCCACGAGCUCGGCCUCGCCACCCCGCCAGACUCGGGCACCUUGGUCGCCGCCUCAUCAGACUGGAUCAUAGCACGGGCCAAUACCACCGGCACCCUCCUCUUCCUCCCCCACCACUCGCCUGGAAAGUAUGCAAAGCAGCCCCCCACCUACCACGCCGCUUCCGCACCCAUCUCCGACCUCGCCCUCAGCCACUUUGACGAUGGCCUCCUCGCCGUCGCUUCCGAAAACGGCGCCAUCGCACUCCACACCUUGCCACCGCCACCCACUGCCGACGCCGCCUUCCCUCCAGCCCUCGAUCCCCCUCCGCAGCGCCUCAUCGACCUCGAGCCAGUCGCCGCCACAAAGCCCGUCUCGUCCCUCGCCUUUCACACCACCACCAGCAACCUCUUGGCCGCAUCCGCACACUCGUCCGUCGCCCUGUACGACGUCAACGCCGCAAAACCCACCAUCACCUUCGACGCUCCCUCGCCCCUCCUCUCGCUCGACUGGUCCCAGGAUGGCGUCAACCUCGCCUCGAUCGCAAAGGACGGCGUCGUGAGCAUCUGGGACCCGCGAUCCAGCUCACAGCCGGCCUCGACGGUGCACGCCCACGCCAGCAAGGUCAAGCCCUCCCGACUCGCCUAUGUUCGCUCAAACCUCAUCACCACCGGUUUCUCGGCCAUGCGCGAGCGCGAAUGGGCCGUGUGGGACCCCAGAGCCCUCCAGUCUCCCCUCAAGCGGGCCACCAUCGACAACUCGACCGGAGUCAUCACGCCCCUCGUCGACCACGACCGCGGACUCGUCUACCUGCUGGUCAAGGGCGACGCGACCCUGCGCUGGCUCGAAGUCGACGACGCCAAGACUUUUACCGAGGGCAACUGCCCGCUCAACUUCACCAUGGGCGGCGGCGCCAUCGCCCCUCCCACGGUGCACAGGGUCAUGGAGGGAGAGGUGGAUCGCCUUGUGCUCGCCUCGACUACCAGCGACGACUGCCUCGUGCCCGUCAGCGUCACCAUCCCCCGCAGGCAGUACAUCGACUUCCACCCCGACCUCUAUCCGCCCACGUCGAGCCGCGUCGCCGCCCAGACCGCUGCAAGCUGGCUGGCAGGCAGCGACGCUGCAGUCGAGCUCAUCAGCCAGGAUCCCGCACACGCCGCCACGGAGCGUCAGAGAGUGCGAGGCCAGGCGGGCUUGUCCCGCCACGCUGUAGCGUCGCCCACAAACGCUUCUGACCCAGCCCCCGGCAACGAGUCCUCGCCUGCGCCGGUACCGCAGCCGCCGACGCAGGCAGGCCAGCCUGGACAGGACGAGCUUCCUGCUGCUGCGCAGACAAUUGCGCCCUCGUCGUCAUCCGAGCCCAAGCCUGUCACAACGCCUUCGGCGUCAGCUGCGUCCAAGAGACCAUCUGAGCCGCAGACCCCGCAGCCUGUCCAGAAGACCUCGGCCGCACCCGUCCGUCACGCAGCUUCACAGCCGGACGCCAGCAAGGCUCCUUCAUCGGGGCUCCCUACAUCCCCGAGCCCAGCCGGAGGGGCCCGGACUGCGAACCCGGCUGCGUCUGCGCAGCUGCCCACUCCCAAGCGCGUCGCUCAGCCGCCUACGGCUCCGAGCAAGGACGCGCCGCGGUGGUCCAGGAGAUUCCUGCUCGGCAGCACACCCCUCAUCGCUGCGCACCAGAACCUCGCCGGCCUCGACCUUGGCAUGCCGCCAGAUGGUCGCAUGCUGGCGGCAAACGACCGCUUCCUCCUCUUCCCGCUCGCCGGUCCCGGCGGCCGGAUCGGCGUGCACCCGACCAAGGAGUCGGGCCGGAUGCCCACGCUCGUGCCGGCACUGUCGGCGUCGAGCAAGCUCGUCGACUUUGCCCUCGAUCCCCUGGACCCGCAGCGUGCGGUCUCUGUUCAUGAGGAUGCGGCAAUCCGCGUAUGGCGGCUGCCCGCCAAUGGGGAGGCGCUCGCGGAGCAGACCAUCGACACGCCGGAAGCCAUCCUCUCGUCGAAACGGGCUAGCAAGCAGUCCGAACUCGCCUUCCACCCGAGCGCCAAGGACCUUCUCGCCAGCUGCUCUCCCGAAAAGGGCGGCAGCCUCCUCUUGUGGAACCUGGCCAGCCCGUCGACCGGGCCCGUCGCGAUUCCAGUCGAGGGCGAUGGGACGACCUCUCUGGCGUGGAGCCCCGAUGGCAGGUCCAUGGCGCUAUCGUGCAAGGACAAGGCCGUGCGCGUCAUCGCGCUGCGACCCUCUGCCACUCGAGCAGCGGACUCGGCGCCGAUGUCGACGGCCUCGUCGGAUGCCGAACGCGCGUCAAGGGCCUUUCUGGAGCGUUCGAUCACCUUUGCCCGGCACGAGGGUCGACCCCACGUCACGCUCACCUUUGCGCAGUCGAGCGACGGCAAGAUCGCAGGAGAGGGCAAGCAGCAGCUGGCUCUCAGCGGCAAGGAGAGCAUGCUCAUGACCCACAACCUCCGGACGCUGCACGACGGCAUCCUCGUCGGCAUCGGCACCGUGCUUAACGACGAUCCUCAGCUCAACGCCCGGCUGCUGUCGUCGCCAACCCCGGUCGAUCGUCUGCCACGACCGAUCGUCCUCGACUCGGCGCUGAGGACGCCUGUCGCGUGCAAGCUGAUCCGCAACGGCCAGAGCGGCGUCGGCCGCCGACCCCUCAUCCUCUGUUCCGCCUCUGCCGACGAAGAGCGCCGACGAGCGUUGCACGAGGCUGGCGCCGAGGUCGUGCAGCUGCCAUCGGCCGGGGGCAGCCAGCUAGCCUGGGACGACGCGCUGGCGUUGCUCUCGCGGCACGGCAUCGAGCGACUCAUGGUGGAAGGCGGCGCCGCCGUGAUCGAUAGCCUGAUGGGCCGACAGGACCUCGUCGACACGCUGCUGGUCACCGUCGCCCCGCGCACCGUGGGCGAGCACGGGUUCGGCUUCUCUGCAGCCGUGCCGCACCCGUGUCCGGGAGCAUCGCAGAGAGAGAGCGACACAUUCCGCCUGCGCGCCGAAGAGACCUUUGGGCCCGAUCGAGUCAUUGUCUGGGACCAGUCGAGUCGAAAGCCGGAGGUGGUUGGGGAUGGAUCCGCGACAGCAGUCGACAUUAACACGACCGCCGCCACGCUCCGCUUUUCUGAUCUGCGCAACUGCCGGCUGACGUGGAUCGACGACGAGCACCUCGCCGUCGUCGGCCACACGGUCGGCUCGGCACGCCAGCUGCGCCUGCUGCGCGUCGGCGGAAGCGGUCUGGAGGAAAAGAGCCGGCUGACGCUCGACGUGUCGCCCGCGCUCCUCUUUCCGUCGUACGACGCCGACACCAACAUCCUCUGGCUGUGGUCCAAGGGCGAGAGGCUCAUCUCGGCGUACGAGGUGCGCGUCGCCGACCGGGGGCCCCUGACCGCCCUCUCGACGUUCCAGCACGGCCAGCCGCAGCUGGGCGUCGCCUUUUUGGCCAAGACGGCCGUCGACCCGAGCAAAGUCGAGAUUGGCGUGAGCUACCGCAUCGAAAAGGGCGAGAUCCGCAGGGUGUCGUGGAGCGUGCCGAGGUUGAGGCCCGAGUUCUUCCAAGACGACAUCUUUAUCCCCACGCGCGAUACGUCGCAGCCCUUGACGACUGCGGCGCGGUGGCUCCAGGGCGAGUCAGACGAGCGCGAGGCAACCUACCUGGAUCUGCGACCCGCCGACAUGGUGCCGCUCUCUCAAGCUCCCGAGGUGAAAAAGGAGAGCAAGCUGCCAAAGGGCCCCGUGGCCAAGGUGCUGACCGAGGACGAGAAGAAGGAGAAGCUGCUCGAUGGCAUCUUCAAGAAGGCCAAGCACCGUGGCGGUACCGCCUACGACGCCGCCGGCGCCGGCAAUGGCGUUGGACGCGAUGAAGAAGAGGACGACGACGACGACGACGAUGAGCCCCCCGUCGGCUCUGCCGCUCGAAGGGCCCCCGACAACGACGACUGGAGCGACUGA